AUGCUGAUGAUGAUGGAGGAGGAGAUGCAGGCGGCAGAGGAGGGGCCCAGCCUCCCCAGGCUCUACCGCCAGAGGAGCCCCUACAGCGUCCUCAAGACCUUCCCCAGCAAGAGACCAGCCCUGCCCAAGCGCUACGAGAGACCCACCAUGGUGGAGCUCCCGCACCUCCGGCCGGCGGGGCAGCCCUUCCCGCCCGCCGCCUCCAGCAGCAGCGAGCCGCACCACUACCCAGCGGCGCCCGGCUCCUACCCCAGCGGGCCCGCCCGAGCCGCCUCGCUGGGCCACCCCAGGGCUCCCGCCCCGACACUGGGGCCCCAGGCAGCUUCCUCCUCCUCGGCCCGCUACAACCACGGCCAGUCGGGGGCCGCGGCCAGCGGCGAGGGCGGCAUCAGCAGCAGCCUGGAGCUGAGCGCAGAGAGUCGUAUGAUUCUGGAUGCCUUUGCCCAACAAUGCAGCCGGGUUCUUAAUCUUUUAAAUUGUGGUGGAAAACUACUGGACAACAAUCACUCUCAGUCCAUGAUUUCUUGUGUAAAGCAGGAAAGCACAAGUUAUAGUGAAAGACAAGAGCAGUGUCAGCUGGGGAAAAUGGUCCAUAGUCAGACGUCAGACAAUUUAGACAUAGAGAUGCAGUAUAUUCAAAAGAAACAACAAACCUCAGCCUUUCUGAGGGUUUUUACUGAUUCCCUUCAAAACUAUUUGCUUUCUGGGAGCUUUGCAUCUCAGAACACCUCAUCAGUAAAUGAUUUUGGCCAUUUGGCAGAUGUGGAUCCACUUUCAACCUCUCCAGUACACACUUUAGGUGGAUGGACAUCCCCAGCAACCUCUGAAUCCCAUGGUCACCCAUCAUCAUCUACACUUCCAGAGGAGGAAGAGGAGGAGGAGGAGGGAUACUGUCCCCGAUGUCAAGAGCUAGAGCAGGAGGUAAUUUCACUACAACAAGAAAAUGAGGAACUCCGGAGAAAACUAGAGAGCAUUCCAGUGCCCUGCCAGACUGUUUUAGAUUAUUUGAAGACUGUACUUCAGCAUCACAACCAACUUAUGAUACCUCAACCAACAGACCAUCCAACAGAGGGAAGCAAGCAGUUGCUGAACAACUAUCCUGUCUACAUCACUAGUAAACAGUGGGAUGAGGCUGUAAAUUCUUCAAAGAAAGAUGGAAGGCGGCUACUUCGAUAUCUCAUCAGAUUUGUUUUCACAACUGAUGAGCUUAAGUACUCAUGCGGCCUUGGAAAAAGGAAAAGGUCAGUGCAGUCAGGAGAGACAGGUCCUGAAAGACGUCCUCUGGAUCCAGUAAAAGUAACAUGUCUCAGAGAGUUCAUUAGGAUGCAUUGUACUUCCAACCCUGAUUGGUGGAUGCCAUCUGAAGAACAGAUAAACAAGGUUUUCAGUGAUGCAGUAGGACAUGCUCGUCAAGGACGUGCAGUGGGGACUUUCCUUCAUAAUGGUAACUCAUAUUAUGAAGGGAUAGACCAUCAAGGUUCACAAGAAGAAAUCUUCAAUAGGGGUAUCCAAGAUGGCUCUGGAGAUUGA